AUGAUGGAGGAUCACCUGACGAAGAUCCCCAUGAUGCCGUCCUCUUCCCCCACUGAGUCGUCUGCCAGCGGCGGGACUGAUGACAGCAGAGGAGCCAGGAGUCCAGCCCCGGGAAAAGCUCUGAGCCCGGCUCUGGUCUGCAAAGUGUGCGGAGACACCAGCAGCGGGAAACACUACGGGAUCUACGCCUGCAACGGCUGCAGCGGCUUCUUCAAACGCAGCGUGAGGAGGAGGCUCAUUUACAGGUGCCAGGCCGGUACAGGCAUGUGUCCAGUGGACAAAGCUCAUCGUAACCAGUGCCAGGCCUGUCGGCUGAAGAAGUGCCUGCAGGCGGGCAUGAAUAAGGACGCCGUGCAGAACGAGCGGCAGCCCCGCAGCACAGCUCAGGUCCGUCUGGACUCCAUCGACGUGGACCCUGAGAAGGAGCACCUGGCCACCACUCGGGAGCCCACCUCCUCUUCCUCCUCCUCCUCUUCCUCCUCCUCUUCCUCCUCCUCCAGUGGCUCUGUCAUCACGUGGCCCCACAUCACCUCCUCCAUGUCCAUCACCUCCUCUGUCGCCCCCCAGCGCUGCGUCAGUCCCCAGAACAACCACCGCUUCAUGGCCAGCCUCAUGACGGCUGAAACCUGCGCCAAGCUGGAGCCCGAGGACGUUGACGAAAACAUCGACGUAACCAGCAAUGAGCCGGAGAGGGCGUCCUCGGAGUACCACAUGGCUCUGUACCCGUCCAGCUCCGAAAACGUGUACGAGACCUCGGCGAGGCUGCUCUUCAUGUCGGUGAAGUGGGCCAAGAACCUGCCGGUGUUUUCCAACCUGCCCUUCAGAGACCAGGUGAUCCUGCUGGAGGAGGCGUGGAGCGAGCUCUUCCUGCUCUGUGCCAUCCAGUGGUCUCUGCCGCUGGACAGCUGCCCGCUGCUCUCCCUGCCGGACCUUUGCCCCGGCAUGCAGGGCAAAACCAGCUACACCAGCCUGGAUCUGCGCCUCCUGCAGGAGGUCUUCAGCCGCUUCAAGGCCCUUGCCGUAGAUCCCACAGAGUUCGCCUGCCUCAAGGCCAUCGUGCUCUUCAAGCCAGAGACUCGUGGUUUGAAGGAUCCAGAACAAGUGGAGAACCUGCAGGAUCAGUCUCAAGUGAUGCUGGGACAACAUAUCCGCUCACACUACCCCAGUCAACCAGCCAGGUUUGGAAAGCUGCUUCUUCUCCUUCCCUCUCUGCGCUUUGUGAAUUCGGAGCGGAUAGAGCUGCUGUUCUUCCACAGGACCAUCGGGAACACUCCCAUGGAGAAACUGCUGUGUGAUAUGUUCAAAAACUAAAACCGUCACCAUCACACAGACCGGUGCAGUCAUCAACAGAUACUUCCUUUGUAUAUCUGUUUACAUAUCAGAGAUUCUGUGUGCUGUUAUUUUUUUUUUUUUUUUCGAAGGCCACUUUAUUAUUUGUUGUUUCCACAUCAGGUCGUUCAGAAAUUUAAAAUUCACUUCACUCCAUCAUGCUUGCUGCCUGCCUGCCUGUCUGUCUGUAUUAUAUUUAGUCUUUGAUUUGUGUCUGAACAGACUCACCAUCACGAUUCAUCCUCUAGUAUUUCUGUGUUUUUUGUGAAAAUUACAAAGCAGAUCUUUAUUUGUUUGGUGAUAGAUGGACUGUAUAUCCCUGCUGUCAGUAAUGUGACUCAUAUUCAUGUCGUCAUGCCUUGAUAAAGGUAAA